UGGGUUUCAGGCGGAGCUCAGAGCCAUAAAACAUUAGCCGAACUUCUUCCCCAGCUCCACUCGCUCACCUAUUUGAACUGAAACACACUUUCCGAGAAAGCGCCCUCCACGGCGGACCAACAUAUGGGAAUAUUUCGAGGCUCACUUCCAUUUUUAAAACUUCCCACGUUGCAUUUUCCCCCUCCUUUCAUUGGAAGCGCUCCCUGGAGAACAGGAGUUUUUUAAAAAUAGUUUCUCAAGCUGCGCUACUUUUAUUUAUUCCAUUCUUCCAAGUGGGCUCCUCUCUUUGCACGCAUGCGAUGUCACGGAUUACUAAACGGAGAAAGAAAUGUUUGACUUUGUAUCCAGUGUUUCCAAGUGAAAGUGAUUUUUGAGUAUUUUUUUUUUAAAGAAACCAGUUGAGCAACUGGCGACAGGACUCUAUAAUCAAUGUGGUGUCAGCUGGAAGGACGCGGGGUCCGGAUCUCACCUAAACGGCUGCUGCGCAUUUUGUUUUCUUUGGCAGUCACUCAGGUGAGGUGAGAGCUACAGAGUCACGGUCCCGACCCGCAGCUGAUACGUCCUGGGAGUGAUGCACUGGCUUCCCCUGGUUGCCAUGGUGAUCGCCUCGGCCCUGCCCUUCCCUCACAACCCCGCGACCGCGCAGCCCAGCGAGGAUCGUAAACAGACCUCCACCUCAGAAGAGGAGAACUGGAUAACCUACGAACCGUUCAGCAGUCCGGACGUUCCCGCAGAAGAAGAAGAAGCAGAACCACUCAGGACCGAGGAAAUUUCCCAGGAAAACUCGCUACCAAAGGACUCCAAAGCCAGCAGGAAAGAUGGCGACUCGGACCCCAUACCGCGCCAUUUUAGGACAGGCGCAGCCGAGGACAGCCCCUCCGUAGAUGUCGGGUUGGGUCUGGAAAUAGACGAAAUGUUUCUGGACGCACAUCCCCGCGUCCUGUUCUCGCCCUCGCCGUUGCCGCCGGAGCAUCCGCCGCUGCUGCUGAUGUUGGAGAACGGGCUACUGGAGGACGACAGCGACGGAGACAUAGAGGGUCACGGGGAUCGCGCCGCCGACCGGACCACGCCGACUCCGACAUGGGCGGACUACAACAAGGGCCCCGCCGACGAGGCGUACCGCCCGGUGAAACGGGACAAACGUUCACACCUGAUGGAUACCCGCAGGGGGGAGAAGUCCGUGUGCGAGUCAGAAAGCGCGUGGGUCAACAACAAAACCACCGCCAUCGACUCGCACGGCGAGCGGGUCACCAUCGUCCCGCAGAUCCAGACAAUGACGGGCGCGCUCAAGCAGUACUUUUACGAGACGCGGUGCCGCCGGCCCGACGGGCAGAGCGGCUCGAGCAGGACGCGGGGAGCGGGCGCGAGGUCCGCGGCGGCCGGCGUGGCCGGGGCCAGCUGCCUCGGCGUGGAUAAAAAACAAUGGCGGAGCGAGUGCAGAGAGAAGCAGUCGUACGUCCGCGCGCUCUCCAAGGACGCCAAGAACAAGAUGGGAUGGCGGUGGAUCCGGAUAGACUCGUCCUGCGUCUGCGUGCUGCUGUCCAGAACCAAUCAGGGGAAGGACGUGAUGACGAGGCGCAGGAGAGUCUAACGCAAGGAAGGAAGACACGUUUGGACGUCCUGUCUCCUUCCCCCAUUUUAUGACUUUUACAAAAAACAAGAAGACCUCAAUGCUAAAUGAUUUUAGGGAAACUGUUAUAUAGACAGAGGUGGGUAGAGAACGAUGGCAUGUUAGGAGCAAUUAAAAAAGAAUAACAUUUGUGGAAAUAUUGAGAAAACUCUGAGCAUCGAGAGUUGAACAUUUGCAAGAAAUUUUGUUUAAAUGCCUUCUAAAAUUUUCCAGAAAAGAAGGAAAUUUCAUAAUUUCAAUCGAAUUUUCUAGAAAAAAAGAUGGAAGUUUCUUAGUUUAAGCAGUCGGAAAUUUGUGAGAAAGAAAAAAAUUCCAAUUUUGAGAUCUGAGAAAUUUUCUAGACAAAAAUUAUAAAUUUCUGAGUUAGAAAAGUCAAAAAUUUACAAGAAAACCAAAAAUGUUGAGAUCUCAGAAAUUUUCUACAAAAAACAAGGACAUUUAGAAUUAGAAUUAGAAAAAAGAAUUAAUUUACGAGUUUGAAGUCAAAAAUAUGAGAAAAUAAAUCGUAUUUUGAGGUCUCAACUAAUUUUCUACACAAAGUCUUUCCAAAGGUCAAAUAUUUUCGACUUUUUUUGAAUCUCAGAAAUUUCCGUUUUUUCUAGAAAUUCUUUUUAGAUGAAUCUAAAAAUUUGAGUUUACUUGGCAGAAAUUUACUCCUUUUUUCCUUAAAGAGAAUGACCCUCAUACGCCGCUGUAGUAGAGAACACAAAUGUUGUACUCAAGUAAGAGUAGCCCGACUUCAACAAGGGAUGCAAACAAUUAAUAAAAUUAGUUCAAAUUGAUUAAGUCAGUGUUGUAGUUUGGCUGCAAUCCGGCAGAGGGUGCUGCUGGUCAUGCUUAAGCGAGCCAGUUAAUACAGAAACAAAGAUGGCAGCGCCAUACCAGAAUGGGAAAGAGAAGCGGUCCAAACAAAGUCAUGCAAGAUGCACUUUAUGCAGUUCUGUUUAGAAAUAUAAACAUUUGACAAACUCCUAAAGUUUAAAAAAAAUUUGGGUUUUUUUGUUUUGUUUUUUUUUUUAUUCAGCAUAUUAUGACAAAUUUAGCCCUUCAUGUUAUGGAAAGACAGCCAGAAAACUCAGGGUUUUAACAAAAUGGCUGCUUAUCAACUCAUUAAUUGAUAACAUGCAUCUCUAAAUUCAACACAUUUUUCCUCAAGUAAAAGUAAAAACUACAAAAAAUUACUCAAGACUGACUAAACAGAUCAUCUGAUUUAGAAUGAAUAAAUGUGACGUUGUGUCCAAAUUCUGGUGUUUUAAAGACUAAAGUGAACAAAUUAAUACAUACAAAUAUCAUGAUUACAGAAUAACAGCUUGAGGCAGCAGAUGAAGCAUUUUUCCAAAUAAAAAAACUAUAAAACUAAUAUUGUCAAAUGUACUUUGUUGAAACAGGGUGAAAUGCUUCCAGUGCCAAAUGGUUCAGCAGACAGAAAAUUAGAAAAACAAUUCAGUGAAAUUAGCUCAAGAAUAGCAAAACUUUGUAAAAUAUAUUACUCAAGUAAAAGUAUAUUUUUCAAAUAAAUGUAAGUAGUUACUACCCACCUCUGUAUAUAGAGAUUUUACACCAAGAAGUACUGUUUUUGUAUGAUUUAUCUUUCAUAACCUAAGUUAUUUUUGCCUAGUAUGUAAGCAUGUCUUUGAUAUUAAUAUAUUUCCUGCUGUGUCUACAACACGACACCAGUAUACCUUUUCUGUAUCGCCGUGUGUAUUUAUAGAAGACGUCUUCAUGCAGUAGUAGCUCUCUCCGGUGUCUGAUGAUGAUUCCAGCCUUUGGGUCACUCGCCUUGUAAAAGCAAAGAGCGCCACCUACUGAGAUUUAAUUUCACUGCUCCAAACUGUUACAGCUGUGGGUGAAUUUUACAGGAUCUGGGUUGUAAAUUAUGUGACACCUAAAGAAGAUCUGAUUACAUGAUAUGAUAAUUAAAGACAUUUGUAUUUUAGUA